AUGGUGGAUGCACCAGUAACGGCAGUAGUUAAAUAUGAAUAUCUUGAUCACACUGCGGAUAUUCAGCUGCAUGGUUGGGGCAAUACUUUGGAAGAGGCCAUGGAACAGACAUUAAUCUCUCUGUAUGCCUAUAUGACUGAAAUUUCAACGGUGUCCGCGGAAUACUCAUUUGAUUUGUUUGCCAGUGGCAUUGAUAUGGUAUCAUUAAUGGCCCGAUUGCUAGAUGAAGCACUGUUUGCUUUCUCAACAGAACCAUUCUUCAUUGGUAGAAUUGCAAGAGUAAUUAAAAUCGAUCGUGAAAAGUUCGAAGUACAAGUACGGUGUUGGGGUGAAUCAUUCGAUCUUAAUAGACAUCCACAAGGAACCGAAAUUAAAGCAAUCACUUAUUCCAAUAUGCAGAAUGCAUCAAAGCCAAAAAUGUCAAAAAUUGGUGAAAAUGGAAUAGCAGUAGAAAGAAGACCGAGUAAGGAACCACAACCUGUUGAAAAUUCAGAAACUGAACGCAAUUCAUCUACUGACGUGGUUUCAUAUCUAUCAUCGACCACAUUUGCAUCACUUGAAAACAUGUUGUCAAAGCCCACUUUACUCGCAAUUGCUGAAAUGGGCUUUAUUAAAAUGACUGAAAUACAAGUAAAAUGUAUUGAACCCUUAUUACAGGGCCGUGAUGUAUUAGCAUCCGCCAAAACUGGAAGUGGUAAAACAUUAGCAUUUCUUAUUCCAGCUAUUGAGUUACUUGUAAAACUUGAAUGGAAAGCACGUAAUGGCACAGGAGUAAUCGUUAUCUCUCCAACAAGGGAAUUAUCCAUGCAGACCUAUGGAGUUUUGAAUGAGAUUCUAGAGAAGCAUCCAGCUUUAACUCAUGGUUUAAUAAUGGGUGGUGCCAAUCGACAAGCAGAAGCACAAAAAUUAGCUAGAGGUGUUAGCUUCCUUGUUGCAACGCCUGGUCGUUUGCUUGAUCAUUUACAGAAUACGGAUGACUUCAUGGUAAAAAACUUGAAAUGUCUAAUCAUCGAUGAAGCAGAUCGUAUACUGGAUAUUGGUUUCGAAAUCGAGAUGCAGCAGAUACUGCGAACUUUGCCAAAAAAACGACAAACAAUGUUUUUUUCAGCUACACAAACACCGAAGGUUGUAGAGCUCAUCAAAGCUGCACUCCAUACAGAUCCUAUAAGAAUAGGUAUCAAUGAAAUGAACCUAAAAAAUGGAAAUGAUUUAGCAACAGUUUCAGGUCUGCAACAGGGUUAUGUUGUUUGCCCAUCUGAAAAGCGAUUUUUGCUGCUUUUUACGUUUUUGAAAAGGAAUCGAGAUAAGAAAGUUAUGGGCAAGCAAAAACAGCAGAAACGAACGUGCACAUUCUUUUCAUUUUGCCAAGCGAAAUCAGGCAUUUUGCUUUGUACCGAUGUUGCUGCCCGUGGUCUUGAUAUACCACAAGUUGACUGGAUUGUACAGUAUGACCCACCAGAUGAGCCACGAGAAUAUAUACAUCGUGUGGGGCGUACAGCUCGUGGUGUUACCGGUACUGGUCAUGCACUACUAAUAUUGCGUCCUGAAGAACUUGGCUUUCUUCGUUACCUGAAGCAUGCAAAAGUUGUUCUUAAUGAAUAUGAAUUUUCAUGGAGCAAAAUUGCAAAUAUACAGCUGCAGUUGGAAAAACUUAUUGAACAAAAUUAUUAUUUAAAUAAAUCAGCGAAGGCUAGCAUUUAG